GGGACGCACAGACUGCCUUGGGGCGUCGGGCUAGAUGGCGGCGCGCAGUCUGGGCCGCGGCGUCGGGCGACUGCUCGGCAGCCUACGCGGGCGCUCGGGGCAGCCAGUGCGGCCGCUGCGAGGGAUGGGCGCGCCUCGCCGGGGGGCCUCGGGGCUCUCGGGCAGCGCCCCCGCCGCCGCUGCCGCCGCCGCCGCCGCGCAGCCUGGCUUGUACCCCGCGCUGAGCGCGCAGGCAGCCCGGGAGCCGGCCGCCUUCUGGGGGCCCCUGGCGCGGGACACGCUCGUGUGGGACACCCCCUACCACACUGUCUGGGACUGCGACUUCAGCAAUGGCAAGAUCGGCUGGUUCCUGGGAGGCCAGUUAAACGUCUCUGUCAACUGCUUGGAUCAGCAUGUCCAGAAGUCCCCUGAGAGUGUGGCUUUGAUCUGGGAACGAGACGAACCUGGAACCGAAGUGAGGAUCACCUACAGGGAGCUGCUGGAGACCACAUGCCGCCUGGCCAACACGCUGAAGAGGCAUGGAAUCCGCCGAGGGGACCGUGUGGCCAUCUACAUGCCUGUGUCCCCACUGGCUGUGGCAUCAAUGCUGGCCUGUGCUAGGAUCGGAGCUGUCCACACAGUCAUCUUUGCUGGCUUCAGUGCACAGUCCUUGGCUGGCAGAAUCAAUGAUGCCAAGUGCAAGGUGGUCAUCACCUUCAACCAAGCACUGCGGGGAGGGCGUGUGUUGGAACUGAAGAGGAUCGUGGAUGAAGCCGUGAAGAGCUGCCCCUCCGUCCGUUACGUCCUGGUGGCUCAAAGGACGGACAACAGGGUCUACAUGGGGGAUCGGGACAUACCUCUUGAGCAGGAAAUGGACAAAGAGGCCCCUGUGUGCGCCCCAGAGAGCAUGGGCAGUGAGGACGUGCUCUUCAUGCUGUACACUUCGGGGAGCACCGGGAUGCCCAAGGGGCUCGUCCACACCCAGGCGGGCUACCUGCUGUAUGCCGCCAUGACUCACAAGCUUGUGUUUGACCACAAGCCAGGCGACAUCUUUGGCUGUGUGGCCGACAUCGGCUGGAUCACAGGACACAGCUAUGUGGUGUACGGACCCCUGUGCAACGGAGCUACCAGCGUCCUUUUUGAGAGUACACCGGUUUACCCUGAUGCUGGUCGGUAUUGGGAGACGGUGCAGAGAUUAAAGAUCAACCAGUUCUAUGGUGCCCCGACGGCUGUCCGGCUGUUGCUGAAAUACGGCGAUGCCUGGGUGAAGAAGUACGAUCGCUCCUCCCUGCGGACCCUGGGGUCAGUGGGAGAACCCAUCAACUACGAGGCCUGGGAGUGGCUCUACAGGGUGGUGGGUGACAGCAGAUGUACGCUGGUGGACACCUGGUGGCAGACAGAAACCGGCGGCAUCUGCAUCGCACCGCGGCCCUCCGAAGAAGGGGCGGAAAUCCUCCCUGCCAUGGCGAUGAGGCCCUUCUUUGGCAUCGUCCCAGUCCUCAUGGAUGAGGAGGGAAAUGUCGUGCAGGGCGGCAAUGUCUCUGGGGCCCUGUGCAUCUCCCAGGCCUGGCCAGGCAUGGCCAGGACCAUCUAUGGUGACCACCAGAGAUUCGUGGACGCCUACUUCAAGGCAUAUCCAGGCUAUUACUUCACUGGAGAUGGGGCUUACCGAACCGAGGGUGGCUAUUACCAGAUCACAGGGAGGAUGGACGAUGUCAUCAACAUCAGUGGCCACCGGCUGGGGACAGCAGAGAUCGAGGAUGCCAUGGCUAACCACCCUGCAGUGCCGGAAACCGCCGUCAUCGGCUACCCCCACGAAAUCAAAGGAGAAGCUGCGUUUGCUUUCAUCGUGUUAAAAGAUGACACCAGCGACUCAGACACGGUGGUGAAGGAGCUGAAGUCGGCAGUAGCGACCAAGAUCGCCAAGUACGCCGUGCCUGACCAGGUCCUGGUGGUGAAACGUCUUCCAAAAACCCGGUCUGGAAAAGUCAUGCGGCGGCUCCUGAAGAAGAUAAUCACUAGUGAAGCUCAGGACCUGGGGGACACCACCACCCUGGAGGACCCGAGCGUCAUCACAGAGAUCCAGAGUGCCUAUCAGAAGUGCAAAGACAAGCAGGCCGCCGCAAAGUAACAAGGUGCCUCCGCCUGGGCUCUCAGAGAGACUGAGCGCCAUGCCCCGGCCUGUCCUUCUCAGAGGUGGCUUUGAGGUUUGGCUUCGUCCUGUGUCCCAGAAGCGCGCUGGCCCAGCAGUAACCCACACCGCCCUAAUGUGAAAUUGAGCCGAGAGCCCGUUCUCCCUUCCCUUG